CUUUGGGCCCUACCAGGCCUUCCACGUGCGCCUUAUAGCCUCUCAACUUCUUGCUCGGGAUCUCCAACCUCACCGCAGCUCAAAAUGGACCCCAACUGCUCCUGCGCCACUGGUGGCUCCUGCACCUGCGCUGGCUCCUGCAAGUGCAAAGAGUGCAAAUGCACCUCCUGCAAGAAGAGCUGCUGCUCCUGCUGCCCCAUGAGCUGUGCCAAGUGUGCCCAGGGCUGCAUCUGCAAAGGGGCAUCAGAGAAGUGCAGCUGCUGUGCCUGAUGUUGGGAUGGCCCUGCUCGAAGAUGUAGAAAGAGCGACCUGCACAAACUUGGAAUUUUUUUCCAUACAACCUUGACCCAUUUACUGUAUUUUUUUAAAUGAAAUAUGUGAAUGAUAAUAAAAGUUGUUGACUUAA